AUGGAUAUUGUUGUAUAUAGUGACGGUGCGACCAUGUUUAGAGAUGAAGAAUUAAGAGACAUAAGUGAGGUUGAAAAAGGGCUAAAUUUUAUUGAAGUUAAGUGCUUAUUGAAAAGUAAAGACCAUGGCGAGCAAGUUGGGAAGCUUAAGAUUUCGGCUGAUGGUAAACUUGAAAUCAACUGUGAUUGUGUUCCUGAUUGUCAACAAGGCAAACAUAAUCAUGGAGAGGUUGAAAGGUUCCUCCGGCCUCGUCAAGCUGUUCAUCGCAAUGAGUUUGUGCGUUGCUGCAAGUGUGGAAAAGAGCGGCGUUUUUACCUCCGAACGAUGGAAGAGUGUCGCACGUACCACGAAGCUGUCGCCUCAGGGAGCUGGACGUGUGAUCAAAAUCUUUAUAGAGCCAAGGCACGUUGGGGUUGCCUUACAUCUCCCAAAUGUGAGGGUUGCAUGGCAUGUGUUUGCAUGGGUUCCGGCAUGUGCAGGUUCGAAGAUUGCAACUGCCAAACAUGCAUUGAUUUCAUCCAAAACUUGGGACAGUAG